GACAAUUAUUAGCAGGAAACCAAAAACUUACAAUGAACAUAAUGAGACAGUUGAGGAAACCAAUAGCACGAAAAAUAAACAAAGGAAAAGGACCCGAAGAAGCAGGCCCUUCAGGAACAACAGCACCUCCUAAUGAAGGAGCAAUGGAUACUGAAGAACAAGAUAAUGGCAAACCUGAAGACGAUGAUAACUAUGGAGAAAAUGAGCCAUACAGCCUUAGCACGCCUAACAAAAACGACCCAAAAUCCACUGCUUUAAACUGUCAAGCACACAUAAAGAAAAAAGAAAUCUCCCUAAUUGUUGACUCCGGAUCCUGCGGAUGUAUUAUAUCAUUAAAAUUACUAAAAGAACUUGACAUGGAAAUAGAUAAAGCCUCCAAAACAAUCAUGGUAAAUGUUAAUGGAGAAAGAAGACGACCUCUUGGAAUGGUCACUAAA